AUGUCGAGCACGUGCACAGACCCAUGCAAACCACAAGCCUGUGCUAUCCAAGCUUGUCUCAAACGACAUGGGUACGAUGAGUCGAAAUGUACUGUCCUUAUAGACUCUCUAUAUGAAUGCUGCAGCAAUUUCUAUAGGGAGAAUGGUCAAGAGGCACGGUCUCCAUGCUGUCCCGUUCCACGACUUCUUGAGUUCAAGGUGGAACAGCGUAAACAGGAGCAGUUGGACGCCAAGCUUAUAAGGUGA